AUUGAUGGAUUCGUUUCUAUAGCAACACACUUAUCUAUUUUUGCCGUCCGUACGUGGAAUCAUGUUUUGGAGUUCUUUCUCUGAUAAAUUUUCUUCUUCUGCUCACUUACAUCUACAGAGAGCCAAGUGAACGAGCGAAUAAAAAGAAUGGAAAUAAUUUGGCUUCAGCGUCCUCACGAAAAUAUCCCUUGGGGAUUUCGCCUACAAGGGGGACGGGAGUUUGGUCAGCCCCUUGCAGUACAAAGAGUGGUACCCGGAAGUGUGGCAGACGGGUCGUUGUCAUCUGGGGAUCUUAUCCUCAAAAUUGGGAACCAUAACGUAACAAAUGCCUACCAUUCUGAGGGUCAAGAUCACAUCAAGAAUGCCGGCAACACGCUUCAACUAACUAUUAAAAAGGUUCCUAGAGUGGCCGCUAGUUGUCCUGUUAGUCCUACUUCAUCUCAUAGUUUUAAAUUCCCACACCCCAUUAACCCGUCUGCUUACCGUACAUUUUCUUCUGACGACGGUUUUCAUUCGUAUCAACGUCCACUUCGUAGUCAGUACUCGACAGACGAUGACAGUCUACGUCAGUUUCAGUCUUUACCGCGGCAAAAGGUAACAUCUGGUGGAAUUCAUUCAACUAGCAUGGAUAUUUAUGAUCCGUACUCAGCUAGAAAACAUGACAGCAAUAGUUCUGUUGAUCCUGGGUGUUUCACUAUGCCAAAGCCGUCGCCUUACCGUCCAAGUAAUGUUCAAGCAUCAUCAGCAGAUUUUCGAAGCGGCGGCAGUGACAGUAGUGGCUACCAGACAUCUUACAGUCCCACAGCAGUAGACCUGACCACUGGAAAUCAGCUUCAGGGAGCUCGGUUUCCUGCUAAUCAUCCAUCUAGGGGAUUUUAUGGUCCAGGACCAGGUAUUUCUCCCCCAUCAUACGAGAAAAGUCUUUCUGAGCGGAAUAGACCAUUUUCUCCUUUGUAUAAUCGACAAGAUUCUUCUUAUGGAAGCAACGGAAGCCACAGCGAUCAAAAACGUAUUUAUGAAUCGCCACAUUUUGCAGGAAAAGAGAAUGUCGUUAGGCCCCCGCAUCAGCUGGUCAGACAAACAUCUAGGGAACAACCACAAUACAACGAUUACCAAUCCGACUUAUCUAGCGUCAGAUCAAAUGUGAUAUCCCCCUCUAGUGAAUACAGUCGAUCACCUAAUGAAAUUCGACAUUUAUCAUAUGAAUCAAAUGUACAAAGCCCAACCCUUGGACGUGCAGAUUCCUCCAUGUUUUUGAUAGGUAAUUCGCAACCACGCGUAUUUCAGAGAAACCAGAUUUAUGAUGAGAAAAGAGUAGAGGAGAGACCAGUAAUACAAUAUCAGAGACAGACAUCGUCAGGAACAUUACCUAAGUACGAGUCAACAAUUUCAUCACCACCACUUGGCCACCAUCCAAAACAAGAUGGCGAAAAACCAGAGCCGCCGGUGAGGUCGCACAGUUUUGAUCACCGUGUAAGAAAACCAAGCCACAACAGUUCUACUGGAAUAAAUUCAAUAGAGGAUAUUUUGUCUCCCUUUGAAAAAUUUCAAAGCUCUAGCUAUUUCAAGGAAUUUUACGACCAAGAUCAACCAAUUUCGCCUUCAACCAGUGUAAAAUCGAAUAGUUUUGAUACAUCAAGCUUCCGCUCACCACCUACGAAUGAUUCUCCGAGUGUUCGCGAACGAGAGGGAAACGUCACACCGUAUUACAACCAAGGCGUUCCGAAAGCUAUUAACUCCAAAAGUCAGUUGGAGAAGUCUGUGUUUUUUAACUCUAACAAGGAAGAUAAAGAAGAGCAGAAUAUGACAUCACAUAAUCAGUUUGCACCACCCCCUUGUAUGGCACCCCCACCGCCGCCUCCUCCUCCUCCUCCUCCCCCUCCUCCAGGACCCACAGGAUCGUAUGGGCCCGGGUGGAAGGCGACUAAGAAAUCAGUUCAGCAGACAAUCAGCGAUGAACAGCGGACGCCAGGAGACGGCAGCCCUGUCCCCCAGGGACAAUUCUCGGAUAAAAUGCCCGACGCAGUGUUGAACACGAUGUUAAAGACUCAGGGAAGCGGAACACCAAAACCAUUUGCAUAUAUUACAGGAGGAAUAGACCUCAAAGAAUUCAAACAGAAGAAAAGCCGACCGCCACCUCCUGUGAUGCCGAAAUCUUACCGCGGUCCAGAUUUAAAUUCUUCGGAGCCGUGCAACUACCAAAGUCAGCCGUCACCCCCAGUCCGCUCCCAGCAGUUCCAGCCCCAGUAUCAGCAGGCUCCGGUGCCGGCCCUGCAAUACUCUAAUAAUCAACCGAACCAUCAACACCAGCAGAGGUCACCCGGAGCCUACAGACAUGCGCAAUAUAAUUCCCCUAUACAAAUGUACUCUCACAACAAUGCCGAGGAUGCCUUACGAACUCAAAGUGGUGGCGCUCUUACUGGGAUUUCUGGCGCUCGGUCACGCCAAAGAAGAUGUUCAGAGCCAGCGGCUCAGCUCUCGCGAUCUAAUUUCUCUCUGCCAAACAAGACGAUUCGAUACCCAGAGAAACCCCAGCAAGAUAUCCAGCAAUCAGAAGUUUACAAAAUGGUGCAAGAAGCUGACGGUCAAGGUAAGCCGGCUAUACAGAUGCCAUUGAAAUCCUCUAACGGCCAGGAUUUUAGUCCGGAAGUGGCGUCACCGUCAGCUGAUGUUGAACAUCCAAGGUUUCUUAAAUCGAAAAAAACAGGCUUGUCAUUUCGUGUCUUACAAUGGUUGACCGAGACAGACGACUUGGAUGAUGACGAAAUUGUCAUGGAAGAUAUAGAUAGUCGCAAACCAAAGCAACCGAGGGAUCCAUUGCUACGUCACAAUUCAAUAGAUGAUGAGAUGAGAUUUUCUGGAUUAAACAAGAAAACAGACAUACCAUCUAAAGCCUUUAUGAAAUUGAAUCAGAUAUCUAUCAACGAUUCACAAAACUCUUCAGAUUUUCCGCAAAGCAAGCAAGAAAAUCAAGAUGAGAAUGAACGGGUAGGAAACUACGAACAAACAUCAAUUCGUUAUACCGGCAAACACAUCCCCUCGCCGUCUUUCAGAGUUUUACAGAGGUUUGCCGACGAGGCACAGGAAUAUGAUCCCCUCGUUACCAAAAAGGGAGCCCCGCCCGAGAGUGACGACCUAGAGGACACGGAUGAUGGAUUACCCGAUAAUUUAAGUGGAGAGGAACUGAUUGACAAAAGAUACACCGGAGGUGCGAUCCCGUCACGCUCCUUCCGCAUGCUACAGAUGUCUGUGGGAAAUGGCGACACAAAUGAAACCGCGGCUCCAUCGCAGAGCACUUCUUCACCAUCCUUUCAACAACAACAGAUUCAGGCCCAGCCCAGGAUAACGAUCAUCACCAGAAGUCACGCGGUUCCGACACAAAUUCAGCCUCCGGAUGACGUGCCUAGUACGGACUUCUGAAAAGUCCCAUUGAAUUACAAAUCUUUUAAAGGAAAAAAGAAGAUAUUAUUUAUUUUAUUCUUUCCCAGUUAAAACAAAGGGAUUUGGUUUUUCGAAGAAAAAGUGUUUAAAAACUUUUCGUGGCUGGUGAAAGUCACCCAAGUAGUGAUUUGUUGUAACAAUAGAUAUGAGUUCAGUAUAUAAAGCAUAGUGCUUGAUAUGUAACGUUAUUGUCAUUUGCUUUUCGGCAUUGACAAAGUAUUUUGUGAAUCACUGUAUAUUGUAAUUUUUCAUGUGUAGCCAUGUAACUCUCAUUAUUAAGUGUAAUAUAGUUGCGCUAAAUGAAACAUAUGUUUUGUAACUAAAUGACACACUGAUUUACCCUGUGUUCAUCCGUAUGUCUGUUUGUAUUUUGCGAAUACUUCUAUUCCUGUGUUUAACAAAUCAAUGAACUCCGUAAGAUAGGCAUAAACAAAUUCUACCAGUCCAUCGAGAAAUAAUUCGCAUGUUGGAAAGUUUGAUAUAAUAAGUAGAGUUUAAAAAGAUAAAAAAGGGAAAUCAAGCAAGAUAAUCUUGCAAUGCUUUUCUAUAUGAUGCGAAUUGCAAUUUUAAAAUUUAGAUAUACGAAGUUUAAAUAUCCAUGCUAAAAUCAGUUCUAUAAGAAAGCAAGAAAAAUUAUGUUUCAAGCAACGCAUAGGUUCGCCUUUGUAUGUAUAUUAUUACAGAUUAGAGAGAAAACUUACCAAAAGCCUGUGUGUUUUUCUAGAUUUAUAAAUAGUGUUUUACCAAAUAAGCAAUGGACAAUAUUCCAGUAUUUGAUUGUUGACUUCAUAGAUAAACAAAUAAGUAUCAUUAUGCUGUACUGACCCUUAUUUAUGCAUUUCUACUUGGAUUGUUAAUGCAAAACUCAGCUGUAGAAAUAAACAUUUUAGAAAAAUGAAA